UUCUUUCUAUUGGAUCCUCGUUUUUUUUCUUAAGGCAAUCUGUUGUUUUUUAUUUUCUUGGCUUCUUGAUGCCAUCUUGAGCACUUGGGCAUUGCCCUUCUGGACCUACUUGAAAAAAGCAACGACAUUAUACUCAUGCCAACAACGAUCUCCAUUCACCCGCUCCCCGACACAAACAACCUCUUGCAAGGCUUUUAUGGAAUUGAACAAUGCUCUGUUCGAGGACUAGUUCGCAUAUCCCAUGAACCAGGGUUUGCAUCCCUCGCCCGACGAACUGCCCCGCUUCGGAUUCAGACCUUGAGCAUAACACUCAGCGGGGUGGCAUUGUGUCUGUACACAGACAUUUCUGAAGGCAUUGACGUGACGAAACGAGAGCAUGUGCUGUUGUUCAAGACGGUGGAUUUGUUAACUGAGAUUGAAGUGGUACCUCCUGGAACGGUGCUGGAGAUUCCAUUUGAUGUACCAUUUCCACCUGACCCUGAUCCUGCAACAUUGCCUCCACCUCCACCGGGAACGACGCCCUCCCCGCACCUUUUACCCCCCUCUAGCGCCUUCCUCGGUCGACAGUCUGGCGGUGUGAAUACCUAUCAGGGGAGAGUAACUUAUGAAGUGACAGCAACAUUGACGGAGGUUGUUGGUGGUGCUUUUUCAUCUAUAUUUGGAGCGGUACCUACGAUCCGAACUGCCACAACGUCCCUCCAUCCUUUCCAAGUCUACGACCCCCGACUCCUUCCCACACUCCUGCAUCCCGAUAUUCGGCGCUGGAGAUCCGCUCCAGGUGCCGUACCAGUAGAAUACGACAUUGAAGUCGGCUCUGUCGCUAUGGGACCUGGUGAUCCCCUUCGAUUUGCCUACCGCGUUGUUGUUGCUAGCGAGUCUGCCCGCAAGGGUGUGCGAUUGAAAAAGAUUUCACUGGUCCUUCGGGAGCAUCAUGUGGUAGGGGAACAGCGGUGUCAAGGGCGAGCGGAUGACCCGGAAUUCCCGAUUGAACGGAAGGGCACCAAAGUCAAGGGAACCACCGAACUACUGCGUUGGGAACAAACCGAACAAUUACCCGAGGCAAGCGACGGUGAAUUCGAACUCUCUCACAUUCCUCGAAAAGAAGCCGUCCGCUCCCCGAGUGAAAAGUCGCCUCUACCACGACCGGGCCUCAUUUGCCGUGGCGGAGACGGCUUGUAUGCCGAAUCCGAAACCGUUCUCCGUAUACCCUCGCUUGGAGGUUUUGCCCCCUCGACCGCUAAAAUCACUAACCCUCCCCCUGUGCCCCCUGAAGGAACACUGCUUCCCGCCCAUGUCGAAGUCCGACAUAGCCUGCAAGUCAUUAUUGAAUUCAUUGGCGCUGAUAAAUUGGUCAUGGAAAGUGGAUGCGUUUUAGCAUCCGUUGGAAAGGAUGACUGUGACGUUUUAUUGAGAGAGGAACCGGCGUUGGUCCCGCCUCUGGAUUAUGAUAAAGUGGUGGGAGGGGAGGUGUGGGUGCCCGAGUAUACGCCGCGGGAUGAGGUGGCGGACGAAGUUAAGCAAAUGUCCGGGGAGGCGUUGGAGGCCGUGAGGGCAGUGUUGAGAGCUGAGAGAGGGGAGGCAAUACCGUCUUUUCCGGUUGCGGCGGAAGAGAUGGGUUUGGAAGUCGCCAGUUCUGAAGCUCUGCCAGUCCCGUCGUCGUCAUCAUCAUCAUCUUCUUCUUCUUCGCCUUCCGUGGACCUUGUAACAGACCCUGUCACCAACCCUUCCGCCGGUGUCCCUCCAUUCCCAUCUGACAGCCCGUCACCCCUUCUCCUCUCCUCACCAUCCGAGCCCUCAGACUCUGCAUCAGAGUCGUCACAGCGGAUAUCACCCUGUAUUGACAAACAAGUCGUCAUUCCGUGUUGUGUGGACGUGGACGAGGUUGGUUCUUGAUGUAUAUUUUAUUUUGUGUUUGUACAUGUUGUAUUUGGAUACACUGGUUUUGGUAGAGAGGAUAGGCUGUUCCUUUUAUAUUACAUGAUCUCUUUCUUUUUGCCUUUGGGGUGUGCAGUAUAUUGAACACGAAAACUAUAUUACAAAGA